AAUCAUCAUCAUCAUCGUGCGGCGGUAGUGCUAAGGAGGGGAUAGUCAGCAAAUCACUCAGAACUCAAAUGUUGAUCGCGACUAUGCUCAACUUUGGGCGUAUUCAACAAGUGUUGUUUUGUUGAUCAUCAUGUCGCUUUUGACAGAUAAAGAUUAUUUGAUCCUUUCUUUAAGAUUGGCCUAUUUACGCAGAGUUGACGAUCAUGCAGGACCUAGAGUGAUCACCGUUCCCGAUAUCGUCAAUCUGCCCAACAAAUCACAAAAAGUACAACAGCAAAGUGCAUCAGAAUCAACCUUACGAACUCAAAGGUCAUUCACCGAUCUUGAUCAAAUUAUAUCUGCUUCUACAAGGGUUACUGCCGAUGUAAAGAACGAAAUACAAGAGGAUGAAUCUGUUCAUUCGAUCAUACCACCUUACCCCAAAGAUUCUCUCGUCGUCAUUGCAGGCUUGAAUGAUGCACGCAAACAUCCUGAAUUGACAACGCUUCAUUCGCCCAAAUUUACUGCAGAAAACUUGCAAGCGGUAGGCAGACAAGGCGAUGAUCCAUUCUUGGCCGAUUCGAGUGGUGUAAUGAAUGGGAAGGGUGAACUACAUGAUGCAAACCGCAAUCGUGCUGCUUCUCUCGGAGCCAAUGGACUGAAACAUACGACCACAAUAUAUGGACCUGGAAGAACUGGUGCCUUGGGAAUGAGAGUGACAGGAAGGAGAAAUGUAAGCAUUGAGGGAAGGCGACGAAAGAACCUUCGUGAAGGGAGCGAAGUGGGGCAAGGAACAGGUGAUGAGAAGCUUGGGAUUCACAGACAGAAGAGAGAUGGCUCGCUACGCACACCGUCUGGAGAAUCUACCAAUUUCGAAAAGUCAAGCAGGGGACGUUUGUCAGAUCAUUCCUCAACUUCAACGGCCGUAGACGGAACGCCAAGCGAUCGCAGUUCAUUCCUCUCAAAUCAAAUGCAGAUCCCUCAAGUUGCUGUCCAGCCGUCUUCACAUGAUAUGGAUGAAAAGGGAGAUCAUAUGGUUCGCAGAUCUUCUACGAUGCUAAGGCCAUCCAAGUCUCCAGAACUAUCAUCGAAGCAAUCUGAAUCAAGUCUUGGUCAGAUCAAACCUCGUAAUCGUAGUAGCAGUCAGCCUCAUAGGCCUGGCCUUCCUAGCAAUCUGUCUGCGCUCUCUGUCUCGCAAAGUGAGCAAGGCAUGCCGACACAAUCUUCAAGCAGGAUAUCCAACGAGCGCAGAACCACAAUGCCCGGAGGAUUCGAGGAUAUGAGCUCGGCAGUAGACUCGCAGCAGGACUUGACUGAGUCUCCCUCUACCUCGACCAGUAGAUAUGCUCCUCCUCCUAGGCCAGCGAGAAGGACAAGAAAGUCAAUUUCCGAACAAUCAAGUCAUUCUGCUUCUGCGGUACCUACGUCAACAAAUGAAGAUCCAAUGCUUCAAGCUGAUGGACGUCAAAGAAGUCAGUCGGAAGCAAUCAUGCCAGGCUCCAUGCCUCCUUCUAGACCCAUUCUAUCAACAUUGCAAAAUGCGGAAGGCCAAGAGAUAGAGCACAACCUUCCCAGAGAGCCAAGCUCUACAACACUUGGUUCGGCAUCAUACAUGGGUAGAACACAAAGUGAAUCGACAAUUUUUUCUCUGGCCUCACCUCGCAUCACUCGACAGCGCGGCCUUUCGAACAGAUCUCUUCAGAGUGACGGAUCUCUGAGAUCGGCUGAAGCAGUUUCGAACAUUGACAGGCAACACCCGGCAAGCUCGACAUUUGCACCUGUUGCCGAGCAUCCUGAAACACAUUUGCUAUCCGAAAAAGAUGAAUUGUCUGAAUCGCCGGCGCAAAAGCUGGAUGGACUGGAUGUCUCAAAUCAAGGUUCGAGUACUUACCUCUUGUCCCCAUUCAAUGGAAGGGAAAAGGUGAAUGGCGAGCUUGGACUGUUUGCCGAUGGCUCACCGAGUGGACUCGCUUCGCCUUUAGGGAAUAGCGGACACAUUUUAUCGCAACAGCCAGUUGCUCCUAUUGCGACCGGGCUUGCCUUGGAUCAGGGCUAUGCAUCGGUGGACUUGACACCGGGUCUUUCUUCUGCAGGCGGAGAAAGUGAAGAGAUUAUCAGGAGAGGCGAAAAAUCUCUUCAUCCUAAACCUGCAGAUUUGACAAGUCGAUCACCUUCUCCAUUUGUCAAGACAAAUCCUUUGGUGCUCAAGAAACAAUUUGAUAGUCGCAACAAAAGUUCAGCACUCACAGCAUUGUUGAGCACACGCAGCGAAUGUCCUGAUAACCCAUUCAAUCAAAGGUACAAGAAUGUGGCUGGAAGUAGUGUAUCUGCAGGUGGAAGUGCAGUGAUUGAAGUAUUCUUCCCCUUUGCUAAUGCAGCAAAUGCUCCUCCAAGAUCGAUGAAACCUUCCAGUGGUGCCUUGGCUGUGAAUGUUGAUACGAAAUCUAUGCGAUUGAGCGUGCGCAAGGAUGCAACGAUGGAAGAGUUGAUCGGAUACGGGUUGUAUUGUUACGUUGAAGAAGGCUGGCUGCCUACAUUGGAUAGCACGCUAUCACAAGACGCUGCUGAAGAACAGAGAGAGAUUCGAUUAAGUACGAUUGCAUGGACAUUGCGCUUGGUCGAAGAUGGUGAAGUGGAUGACGAUUAUCCCGCUUUAGAUCGUUCGCUCACUGUUGGUAAAUUUGGAGCGGAUGAAUUGGCAAUCUGUGAAGCGACACCAGCACAAAUUAAACAAAAUCAAUCCGCUUCUGCUUUGUUGGAAAGGCGAGUUUCGCGACAGAGGCAACAAUCUACAGGGUUGCAAGCCCUUCAGCCACCCACAGGUGCGGCAAAUUCCAAGCAACCGGCCAUGACGCCAUCACAGGCCCAAAGUACUACGGGAGACAUUCAAGAUGCCUCCAUGUUGACCGUUCAGGCCACACCGAUGUUCCCAACAUCGCUACUGGGCCUUCGAAGAGAUGGUGGUGGAGAGAUUUCUGGAUCCUUUGGGCCAGCAACGAGUCCCAAUCUUUCCAAUCACGGACCGCCCAUCUUUCUGCGUAUUCUCGUUACUCCCAAUAAGGAUGUUCGAUACAAAACCACUCUGCAAGUCACCAAUGAUCGUUAUUUGGCUGACGUUUUGGAAACGAUCUGUAAGAGACGUGAUCUGGGAUCGCCUGAAAAGUGGGCAUUGGUAGUGCCGGAGAAAGACAUCGUUGUUCCACUUGAUCGAACGGUGGAGAGUCUGCAAGGAAAUUAUGAUCUUACAUUGGUACGCAGACAAGAUUUAGGUCUUCAACAUUCGGGUGCCUUUACCACUCAAAGCACAAAUCCAAACGCUUCUAUCUUUAAACGAAUCUCACAGCCUGAACCACGCUAUCAAGCAGCGGCGAAAGAGAUUGCCUCCGUUUACAAAUCGUACACUGUCAAUCGAAGAAUGCCAACAUUCUUGGGAAGACAUGAACGUACUCUUACGAUCGAUGGCGAUUGGUUACACAUCAUUCCUACUGAAACACGCGCAUUUCAAACACAUACAACCACAACUUCUUAUCCUAUCCCAUCUAUUGUGAGUUGUACGCAAUCACGUUUACCUUCUUCUUUCAAGGUGAUUGUGAUGCGAGAGAAUGAUCAAAAGCGGUACGACUUUGAAGCGGAAAAUUCAAAGAUCGCAACAGAGAUUGUGCAAGAGAUCAAUGCUUUGCUUCGAAGCAAACAAGGAGCCGCCUCAGUGCGCAAGUAAUCCUUUCCGAAUAUACUGUAUCAUAUCACACAAUCUAUUAUUUCGCACAUUUU